AGUUUAAUGGAAAAGUAUGUGAAUUUUUAUUUUUAGUUAUUUAUAUUCAUAGCUUUGUUAUUAUGAUAUGAAAACUGUAGUAAUGAGAAGUACCAAUACAUAGUAUAUACGAAAGAUCUAAAUUCCGAGCAGGAAUCUGGUUAUCUGGCGGUAAAGUUUGAAGGCAGGAUAUUUCUUGUCUUAGUGUUGGCGACUCUGAGACGGUAUUUUUUUCAUGUUGUGGUGAGGUGUUUAAUAUGGCGCACAAGUUGACAAAGCUUUGACAGUUUUAUCAUAAGAAAUAUCGUUAAAUACUGUUAUUUAUUUUUCAUGACGAUGUUCACCUUACCCAAUUUUUGUCGCGUGUGUCUGAAGUACGACAAAAAUCUAAUAGAUUUAGGACACAUAGAAAACGAACCCAGCGAAACGCUGAUGAGCAAGCUACAACUCUGUGUAUCAGAAGUGGAAUGGACCGUUUUCAAACCUUUGUUAUGUCAUCCCUGCAUAAAACGACUGAACAUAGCUUACAGCUUCAAAAAACAAUGUGUGCAGUCUGCUGGUGUACUGAAAAAUUACGUCGAACUUGUGAAGGAAUCUCAGAAGAAGGCUGAAUCUCAGAACGCAGUUAAAAGUGAAAACGUAGCCCCCGCGCCUGGUGGGGCCUACAUGCUCCUCCCUAACCAAAAAUACGUCAAAAUUCUAGUUGGUUCACAAAACCAAGUCCCCAAUACCUUUCAGAAUGUGUUUUUAAAUUUAAUUCCGGCGACUACGCUUAAUUCGGUUCCUCCUCCGCCUGUUCCAACGGAAGUGAAGAGUAAAGACACUAACCAAAACGUAUUUCUAAAUCUAAACAAUACCUUUCAAAAGUUCAUACCUGUGCAGCAACCAGUUGAACCUCCUAUCCAGAAGAGAGUCCCAGACCCACCGAACCCAGGAAAUUUGAAUCUCAAUCAGCUCCUAACGGAAACCAAAACAGAAGAACUGAGCGUCGAGAUUGAUCCCACGGUUUUCGGCUUGGAAGAAGAUGAAGAAAGCCACGAGGAGGAGGAGGAGGUCAACGACUAUGACGAGGUCAUCUCGUCGGCCAAAAUUACACUGAAAGACUUUAAAACCAAUGGAGAAAAAACUCCCAACGGCAAAGAAGACCAAAAACACUAUGUUCCUAUACUUCCUAAGAACCAGCAUGAUUUCCUCUCAUCCGGUCAACACUUCCUGUUCAGCUCGACGGAAAAUGCUGGUGCCUUCGUCUGUGAAUCAUGCCAAAAACAGUUCACAACUAAAAAACUGCUGAAGGCCCAUAUCAACCAGUUCCAUCUCGGGAAACUUCCGUUUAAGUGCGAGUAUUGCUACACGGAGUUCGCGACUAGAGCAGAGUAUGACUUGUGCGUGGACGGGCAUCGAUCUGAUAACGAGGCCUUAGAUAAAUCUCUAACUUUGCAGGACUUUGCUAACUCCUCUCAACAGAGCUUGAAUGAUUCUCAGUUAUCGGAGGUGGAAGCAAACGUACAGCCUACAGAAACGGGAGAAUUCGUUUGCGAUGUCUGUGGCAGGCCCUUCAACAGUUCGACUGGUCUACUGAGGCACAAGGUGAGGAAACAUAAUCAGAAAAAUAAGAAGAAAUACUUCAUCAAGGGUAUGAAGAAUGCGAAAUGUGAUAUUUGCAAUAGAGAAUUCUCGACGCAAUCCUACAUGCAGUUGCACAAAAAGUUGCACCUCAGGGACGACAUCGGUUAUAAAUACAAAGUUUUCGGCAAGAGCAAGUACGGGGAGCUUGAUGCCGCCGAUGAAAAGGAAAAGGUUGAAGAGAAAAAGGGGAAGAACGAAACUCAGGACGAUCAACUGGCAGAAAACCUCGACGUCACACCUGAUAUUUUCACUGAAGAAGAUAGGAAAUCUGACGAGGACAGUAACAGUAAGGCAGAGUUGAAUAACCACGUUUUAGACAAGGAUGGCUCGAUAAAAAUGGAAAUUGAUGAGGAGGUCUCCAAUAAUUCAGAGGAUAAUUCUCAGAACGAAGAGAAUUCGAAUCCCGAACACUCCAAUGCCGAAGAUACAAGUGACGAGAAAGGCAUAAAAGAGGACGAGAAAGAUUAGGCAUAGGUAAUUGAAAGUAUGUUCUUGAAAUUCAACAGAUUCCAGCGGAGCUCUCACGCUUGUGUAUGCCGGGAAUGUGCUUCUUGGGAUGAACUGAGCUUUCUCGAAUUUGCAUUUGAAAAAUGCUGCCGAGACAUUGUACAAAGGAUAUAUUAGGAAUGAAAAAUUGUUAUAGUUUAUUGUCGGUUAUUCACUCGAUGAAAAGAUGCCUUGUAUUAUAUUAAUGCAUUCCCAGUUUGUAUUGAAUUGAAUUUUCUUGAUGCUGUGAAUCGAUAUCUUAGUCUUUGAUGGAGUUUCUGGAUGUCCAUCUUCCAGGAAAAUGGUUUUCAUUGCGAAAAAGUGUUGAAUUUUCGAACAUACGAAACUCUCGACUCGAAUUCGCAGAGUUCAUGAAGGAAGAAAUCUGAAAGAGUUUGGUAUGUAGGGAGGGCGUGAGUAGUUCAUUUUUCUCUAUUAGUCGCAACAAUCUUGAUAUUGUAAUUGUUUAAUGAAAAUCAUAUUAUUUGAUUGCACUUAUUGAGUAGACUGUAAUUUAGUUUUAUUAUUAGCUUGCUGCAUCUCUUUUACGGUUAGAUUUAUUUUAAAUACAUUAAGAUUUUAUAUACCUUCAUAGUAAUAAGACAGGUUUAUACAUAUGUAAUGUAUAUAAUUUUUUUGCUUUUUAUCAAUUAUUGUAAAUUCACUUGUGAGCAGAGGACUGUGCGUUUUGGAAUCGACUGACUUCUAGCCUUUACCAUAUCUGCAUCAGGCGGCAACGUUUUUUUUUCUUUGAAAUUUCGACCAGCACGUUGUUGUCUGAUCGGAAAAUCCAUUUUUUCCUAACAUUCUGAUAGCAGUAUUUAUUAAUAUAAUGGUUACUGAAUCUGCGUUAUUUUUUUUGUCAUAUAUCUAGAUAUAUAUGUAACUACAAGUAAACACAAACUAUGAUUCAAUCAGACUUUUGUUUGUGCAGUGAUGAAAUAUACAUAAUUUUUGAGAAA